AUGUUCAUGUACAUCCCACUCAUAGCAAUUAAGAUGCUGGGUAAAUCCAACACAAAUGGGCAAGAUUUUAUCAAUGAAGUUGCUACCAUAGGAAGGAUUCAUCAUGUACAUGUGGUGCAACUAAUUGGCUAUUGUGUUGAGGGAUCAAAGCGUGCUCUUGUGUACAAGUUCAUGUCAAAUGGAUCUCUUGAUAAACACAUCUUUCGUAAAGAAGGACCCUCAUCCUUAAAUUACAAGAAAUCAUUUGAAAUUUCACUUGGAGUUGCUCGCGGUAUUGACUAUCUUCAUCAAGGAUGUGAGAUGCAAAUUUUUCAUUUUGACAUCAAGCCUCACAACAUUCUUCUUAAGGAGAAUUUUGUUCCAAAGAUUUCUGAAUUUGGGCUUGCAAGAUUAUGUCCAUUAGAUGAGAGCAGUUUAACUUUGACAGCAGCAAGAGGAACCAUUGGAUACAUAGCCCCAGAAUUGUUUUACAAAAAUAUAGGUGUGUCAAGCAAAGCUGACAUCUAUAGUUUCGGAAUGUUGUUGAUGGAAAUAGCAGGCAAAAGAGAGAAUCUGAAUGCAGUUGCAGCUCAUUCGAGUCAAAUAUACUUUCCUUCAUGGGUUUAUGACCAAUUCAAUGAAGGAAAGGACAUAGACAUAGAAGAUGCCACUGAGGAGGAAAUGAAAAUAACAAAGAAGAUGCUUAUAGUGGUGUUGUGGUGUAUACAAAUGAAGCCUAGCGAGCGUCCUAAUUCGAUGGGCAAAGUAGUUGAGAUGCUUGAAGGAGAAAUCGAAUCCCUUCAAAUGUCUCCAAAGCCUUUCCUCUAUCCACAAGACAAACCAGUGGUGAAUGAUGAAGAGAAUUCAGAGACAACAUCGUCAUCAACACAGUCGUUCAAACUGCUGAUGAAAUAA